CCAUGGUGGCAUACAGCAAAAAGCUGUGGCGGCGGACCCAUCGUCACUUUUAAACCCAUCAUAAUGAUUUUUUAAAGGUUGCCUUUGUACAUGUAGCCUAUACAUUUAUUAUUAAAAAAAAUGGACAACCGGUUAUUGUCAGGAUAGAUGAGUAGUUUGCUAUUUUAUUUGAAGGCGGAUACAUUGAAUUGUGGCAAAAUCAAGAAUGCUGAAGAUACAUAUAUUUGCUUUUAGCGUCGGCUUAGAUAAAGGAACAGUUCUUCCAUAAUACAACUGUAUAGCGACACGUCUACUGGGACUUGGAUUCAGGAUUCUUCGAGCCGCACCUUAAUAGCAAGUUUUUUUUGUUGGGAUCGGUGGCAGCCUUUUGAUAUCGGUUUGGGGACAGAAGAAACCCCUAGGCUCACAUUGUGGCCUGGCCAUUGUGGCCUGGGACUGAUACAUUUCCGAUCUUUCGACCACUGGAGUUAUCUUAUUAGUGGAUAACAGACUGACUGUGGCUUGGUCUGUGAAUAUCCAGUCCGCGAAUAUUUGCACAUUGUCAACAUUCUAAGCAAUUUAAUUAUUUGAAAUUCGGGUCUUCAAAACAAUGGCGUCUUAUGUCGAUAACAGCUUUCGUCAAGCUGUGAUGAUGAAUCCGGCAGAAAGAACGCAACAGGACCUGGAGAUAGUCUACUCCUAUCUUCACGGGAUGGAGGCCCUUUCUAACCUCAGAGAACACCAGCUGAGGAUAAUAUGUGAGACAGUGCGCUAUGAAAGACAUGAAGCCAAUGAAGUGCUCUACUACCCGGAUGACAUUGGAAGCUGCUGGUUUAUUCUACUGUCCGGGUCCGUCUUCAUCAAGGAGUCCAUGUUCCUGCCAAGAAGCAGUUUUGGAAAGCGUUCUGCAGGGAGCCUGAGACGCGGAUGCGAGUGCAUCGUUCUGGAACCUUCCGAGAUGAUUGUGGUGGACUAUAUGGACCAAAAUGAGGAGUACUUCCAGCGGCAAGCAUCGCACCGACAGUCCCGCCGGAGGUUCCGCAAGAUCAACCAGAAGGGCGAGCGGCAGACCAUCAUCGACACGGUGGACCCGUACCCCACCGGCAAGCCGCCCAUAGCCAGGGGAUACCACACGCUCCCCGCGGACUUCAGUCGACUCCACCUGGCCGACGGCUUGCACCCACAGGUGACCCACGUUUCUUCCAGCCACUCAGGAUGUAGUAUCACCAGCGACUCUGGAAGCAGCAGCCUGUCAGACAUAUACCAGGCCACGGAGAACGAGCCGGGCGACAUGGACCUCAGCGGCCUGCCCGAGACCGCCGUCGACUCAGAGGAGGACGACGACGAGGAGGACAUGGAGCGAGCGUCGGACCCCCUCAUGAGCCGUGACGUCGUGCGGGACUGCCUCGAGAAGGACCCCAUGGACCGCACCGAUGACGACAUAGAGCAAUUACUGGAGUUCAUGCAUCAGCUGCCAGCGUUUGCCAACAUGACCAUGUCGGUGAGGAGGGAGCUGUGUGCCGUCAUGGUCUUUGCCGUGGUCGAGCGGGCCGGCACCAUCGUCCUCAACGACGGGGAAGAGCUGGACUCGUGGUCAGUGAUUCUGAAUGGCUCGGUGGAGGUGACGUACCCUGAGGGCAGGCCUGAGAUCCUGUGUAUGGGGAACAGCUUUGGGGUCUCCCCCACCAUGGAGAAGGAAUACAUGAAGGGAGUAAUGAAGACCAAGGUGGACGACUGUCAGUUUGUGUGCAUAGCGCAGCAGGACUACUGCUGCAUCCUCAACCAGGUGGAGAAGAACAUGCAGAAGGUGGAGGAGGAGGGCGAGAUCGUCAUGGUCAAGGAGCACCGCGAGCUGGACCGCACCGGCACCAGGAAGGGACACAUCGUCAUCAAGGGUACGACGGAGCGUCUGACCAUGCACUUGGUAGAGGAGCACUCGGUGGUGGACCCCACCUACAUCGAGGACUUCCUGCUGACCUACAGAACCUUCCUCUCCAGCCCCAUGGUCGUGGGCAAGAAGCUCCUCGAGUGGUUCCAUGACCCAAGCCUCAGGGACAAGGUUACACGGGUAGUCUUGCUGUGGGUGAACAAUCACUUCAAUGACUUUGAAGGCGACCCCGCAAUGACUCACUUUCUUGAAGAGUUCGAAAGCAAUCUGGAGAGAGAGGUCCGUGUCUCAAAAAUGUGCGGCCAUCUUAGACUGUUAAACAUUGCCUGUGCUGCUAAAGCCAAACUGCGUCUCGUGACACUGACCAAGCCGUCGAGGGAGGCCCCGCUAGCCUUCACCCUGCUGGGGGGCUCUGAGAAGGGCUUCCGCAUCUUCAUCGACAGCGUGGAGCCCGGGAGCAAGGCCGCAGAGGCCGGACUCAAACGAGGAGACCAGAUUCUGGAGGUGAAUGGGCAGAACUUUGAAAAUGUCCAGCUCACCAAAGCCAAUGAGAUCCUGAGGAACAACACCCACUUGUCCAUUUCUGUGAAAACCAAUCUUUUAGUGUUCAAGGAGCUACUAGCCCGGCCGGAGCACGACCACGAGGCAGAGGGCGAGGAUCCGCCAGAGGUGGACCGCAAGAAUGGAGCCCCGGCACACCUGCCCAAGAUUGGGGACAUCAAGAAGGGCUCACGCUACUCCAUCCCUGACCUGGCGGUGGACGUUGAGCAGGUGAUGGGCCUGGAGAAGGCCAGUAAGAAGGCCAAAGCCAACACGGUGGGAGGAAGGAACAAGCUCAAGAAGAUCUUCGACAAGACGCUCACCAGCAUCCUGCCCCCAAAACCAUACAACGAUGUGGGCGUGGGCCAGUCGCAGGACGACAGCAUCGUGGGCCUGAAGCAGUCCAAGCAGAUUCCAGCCUCGCUGCCUGUCAGCAGCAACCUAUCGUCCAGCAACCCUGACCUGCUGCAGUCCCACCACCGCAUCCUGGACUUCAACAACCAACCGGCCCCGGUCGUGACAAACAUGUCCGACCAGGUGCUGCGAGUGUUCAAGGCAGACCAACAGAGUCGAUACAUCAUGAUUGGUAAGGACACCACGGCCAAGGAGGUGGUGGCCCAGGCCAUCCGGGAGUUCGCCCUGACUGCGGUGCCCGAAGCCUAUUCGCUGUGCGAGGUGUCCGUCACGCCGGAGGGUGUCAUCAAGCAACGGCGGCUACCAGAGCAGCUGUCCAAGCUGGCUGAUAGGAUACAGCUCAGUGGCAGAUACUACCUGAAGAGCAACAUGGAGACAGAGACUCUCUGUUCAGACGAGGACGCCCAGGACCUUCUUCGUGAAGGCCAGAUCUCCCUCCUCCAGCUCUCCACUGUGGAAGUAGCCACGCAGCUCUCCAUGCGCGCCUUCGAACUCUUCUGCGCCAUCGAGCCCACCGAGUACAUCGAUGACCUGUUCAAGCUCAAGUCCAAGACAGGCUCGUUUUGCCUCAAGCGCUUCGAGGAGGUCAUCAACCAGGAGACCUUCUGGGUGGCGUCGGAGGUGAUCAGGGAGCCCAACCAGCUCAAGCGCAUGAAGAUUGUCAAGCACUUCAUCAAGAUUGCUCUCCAUUGUAGAGAGUGCAAGAACUUCAACUCCAUGUUCGCUAUCAUCAGUGGUCUGAACCUGGCCCCGGUAUCUAGACUCCGGGGCACGUGGGAAAAGCUCCCCAGUAAGUACGAGAAGCUGUUUGGGGACCUGCAGGACCUGUUUGACCCGUCCAGAAACAUGGCCAAGUACCGCAACGUGCUCAACAACCAGAACCUCCAGCCGCCCAUCAUCCCCCUGUUUCCCGUCAUCAAGAAGGACCUCACCUUCCUGCAUGAAGGGAACGACUCCAAAGUGGACGGCCUGGUGAACUUUGAGAAGCUGCGGAUGAUCGCCAAGGAGAUCCGCCACGUGGGUCGCAUGGCCUCCGUCAACAUGGACCCUGCGCUCAUGUUCAGAACCAGGAAGAAGAAAUGGAGGAGUUUAGGGUCUCUUAGCCAGGGCAGUGCCAACGCGGCGGUGCUAGACGUCACCCAGACUGGCGGGCACAAGAAGCGGGUGAGGCGUAGCUCCUUCCUGAACGCCAAGAAGCUGUACGAGGAUGCCCAGAUGGCCCGCAAGGUCAAGCAGUACCUGUCCAACCUCAGCCUGGAGACCAACGAGGAGGCGCUGCAGACCCUCUCUCUGCAGUGUGAGCCCUCCAUCAACACACUGCCCAAGAACGCUGGUGGCGGUAAGAGGCCAGACACAUCUCCGGUGGUGUCCAGGGCUGCCAGCCAGCAGAGGGGCCAGCUGCAGAAGGGCAACCAGGCCCUUCAGGUGCCCGCUGUGGCCCUCUACCCCUCCCGCAAGAAAGUGCCAGUCAAGGACCUGCCACCAUUCGGCACGAGUUCCCCUCAGUCGCUGAAGAAGAUCCUAUCGCUGUCGGAGGAGGCCAGCGAGCGUCACAAGCGUCAGACGGAGGACACUGUGUCUAAUGCCUCCUCGCAGCUCUCCUCCCCUCCCACCUCCCCCCAGAGCUCGCCCAGGAAGGGGCUCGGGACACUGAAGGGCCAAAGUGUCCGGAAGGUUACCUUUACCAGUAAACAGACAGGCUACCCAAGAACGGGAGACACCUACUCGGAUUCGGGUCACAGCGAGAUUUCGUCGCGCUCCAGCCUGGUCAGCAACUCCUCCUUCGACAUGGCCCAGGAGGAGAGGAGGGGGCUCAGGCACUCAGGAGGGGUGGGAGACCCCCACGCUGGAGGGGUGCGUCUGGAGAGGAGGGCUACGACCGACCCUGAUCAGUACAGCCUCGGUUCCUACUCGUCCAUGCAGGACUGCCGGGGCCUGUAUGCCUGCGCCAUGGUGCUCUCCUCCCCCAGCUCGGAGGAGUUGACCCAGGACCAAGGGGACCGUGUCUCCCUGGACGCCGCCGAUAGCGGCCGCGGCUCCUGGACCUCUUGCUCCUCGGGUUCCCAUGACAACAUCCAGACCAUGCAGCAGGGACGUAGCUGGGAGACUCUGGCCUUCGGACCGGGGGGUGUCAUCGGCGGGAGCAUUGGUGUCCACCCACCCGGGGGGCCUGAAGCAUUACUAGGGGGCCCCGCUGGACUAUGGGCGUCCCAGGCUAGAGGUAGCUGGGCAUCGGCCUCUUCAUCUUCCUCUGCUGCGUACUGGGGCGAGGACUCCGAGGGCGACACGGGCACGAUUAAACGGCGAGGCGGGAAGGAUGUGAACACCGACCCGGAGACGAGUAGUAUCACGUCGAUGGGGUCCGACGAGGCCAAGCAGCACGGAAGGCCUUCGCCAUCACCCAUCACUGCCGGAAACAAGGGCCUUAUCACGCGAAAGGAGAGCCGGUACCGCGAGCCCCCUCCAACCCCGCCGGGCUACACUGCCCUGACAAUCUCUGACUUCAGUGAAGGGCAGACACAGUCGCCGCCCACAGCCCCGGCCCACUCCGGCCGCCGCCCGCCCGAUUACACCACGGCCCUGCAGCGCUCGCGCAUGGUCACCCAGUCGCCUGACUCCCAUCACCACCACCAGGCCCAACAACAUGCCAAGCGCCAAGGGCUCCACCGCACCCGCUCGCCAGGCGAGGAGGAAGAGCCUGAGGAGGAAGAGGAGGGUGAGUCCUUGUCUCCCAAACUAGUCGCUCUGAGGAAGACAGUGGCACACACAACACCAGAGACAACCAGGCCAUGAGAUGAGUGUACGGGUUACAGGGCAGGUCCCCCUCAGGCUGAGAGGAUGAGCAGGUAUCAGCAGUCUGAGAACGGUCUUCUGCUGGAUGUCCUUUGCAGUGACUUGAAGUCCCUUCCAUGGGGGCGGAACAAGAGAGACUGACUUGAUUGAUUGAUGGACAGACCAAUCCAGUACGUACGUGCCUGCCUGCCUCCUCUUCCGGACUCUCCGUCAUUGGUGGACUCCUCUGCUCGUAUCUCCCCCCUCGCCUUAAAGCAUCAUGGGGGUUGAAUGACCCUGCAUGCAAAAAAAAAAUACUGUGAAGAAGAAGAUGGAGAGAUGGAAAAGAAAGACACAAAAUGCCUGGCACUUUGGGGAAAAAAAUAAAAACAAGACAAACGGUUUUGCUGAAGAAGAAAAAACUGCUACGUGCGGCAACCGCGCACACACACACACACACACACACACACACACACACACACACACACACACACACACACACACACACACACACACACACACACACACACAGCUGUCAUGGAACAGCUUUCCAAGACUAACCCCUAUCCCAAACCCACCUCGCUUUACACACACAGUAUCAUGACGUGUUGAGCUUUGUCUGCACUUUUUAAUUUUCUACUUUAUAAAACGAGAACAAAAUGGACAAUGACGAUGGAGGAAAAAAAAAAAAACAUUUGAUCAAUUUUUGAACUUUCUUCUAGGUUUCUAGAGGUCUUCUUUCCAGAACUAUUGCACUC